AUGGACAUCAAGUCGUUGGCCGAGCAGUUUAAAAAAGACCGCUGGGAGAUCCAGACGAAAAACCUGUUGGUGCAUGACGACUGCCUGGGCAAUGGAGCUUUUGCAUCGGUAUAUCGAGGCACACUAAAAGGUACCAUCCCGCUCUUCAAAGUUUACAAUUCGUUAAAAUUAGUGCUCGAGGGUUCAAAUGCGGAUCACAGUGAGGUUGCUGUCAAAAAGUUACCGGCUCACGCAAACCAUGAGGGUCGAAUGGACUUUUUCCACGAGAUGGCGUUUAUGAAAAAGCUCGGCUAUCAUCCGCAUGUUAUUUCGAUGCUUGGCUGUGUGUCAAACCCGAUCGAACCCUUGAUCGUCGUUGAAUUCUGCAAACACGGUGAUCUCCUACGAUUCAUCCGUAAGAACAAAGGCAGUAUUCUAAAGGACGAGCAUUCCACAUCCAGCGACUACGAGCACAUCCUUACCAUUAAAGAGCUAGUUUCUAUUGCUUGGCAAGUAGCUGAUGGCUUGUUCUACCUCGUCUCCCACAAAUUUAUUCAUCGUGACGUGGCCGCUAGGAAUAUUUUGCUGACCAAGAAUAUGUGCGCCAAGGGUGGGAAGCUGCCGAUAAAGUGGAUGUCGCCGGAAUCGCUCAAGUUCUACGAGUAUACCGAGAAGACGGAAAUUUGGUCCUACGGUAUCGCGCUCUGGGAGAUGUUUUCACUCGGUGAAGCCCCAUUCCCCUCCGUCCAACCCAUGGAAAUGAUCGAACACCUCGAGGAGGGCCAUCGCCCCAAGCAGCCUAUAAAGUGUCCUAACGAGUGCUACGCCCUGAUGAAGCAGUGUUGGGAGUUCAAGGCCGAUUUGAGACCGACUUUUGACGACUUGAGGCUGAGGUUGGCUGUGUUGCUGAACAUGGGCGACGAGCAGUACGGAUACCUCGAUCUCGGCUCAGCGGCGCGUGGUCAACCGAUGGGCACCCAGCAAUUGACAUACCUCGAUGACGAAUGCCCCGUCCCACUUGAAUACCUGGCAAAACCUAUAGAAUUGUUGGAAGUUGACGAAACUGCUGAAAAUACAGACACAGAGAAAAUCGCGCUAUCGGCCGAGGAGUAUCGGGAAGUGGCCGAGAUUUGGGCACGGAAGAAGAUGCUAGGGAUGGCCAUUCACGAUAGCAUCAAAAGAGGCGCUGAUGGGGAGACGGUUACUGUGAAUCGGAAGCUUUUGAAUGAGAUGAGAGACCUAACAAUCGAUUGCGACACGAUGCUUCAACUCCCGCCAAUCACCGAAAACGACUACGAACGUGCCAAGAAAAAGCAUUCCACACCCACUUCUGCCACCUGCAGCCCAAGUCCAUCUUUUACCCGAAAACACCCGCUUGAAGUCGAGGAUCCUGAAGAAUUUCUGCAACGAGCCUACGCAAGAGACAAGUUGGAUUUGACUUCAGAUUGGCACAACCGAGCAGCAGCCUUUGAGGCGAUAUCUGAGGUUCAAGGCCCGUCGGGUGGAUAUGUGAAUGUUGAAAAACGGAUCCCGGAACCGGUAUUGGCUUCGAUUGCCGGGCCUUCGGGUGAGGGAGAAAAGGAGAGUUACGGAGCGGAGCGUGCGGCCGCAUUCAUUAUCGGCAUUCACGAUAAAGAAGCCACAGAACAUCAUCGAAGACCACCGCGCCAACUCGAGAAUUCCGGAUCGACAGAUCAAGGUGAAGAGGAGCGUGACGCAGCGGAACACACUGCAACUUUUUCAAUACGCGACGAAGAAGUGCCAGAAAAUCGAAGGCUAGCGAGAAAAUCCGGAGCUUCCGAGUCAUCCGAUGAGGGACAAGAGGUCUGUAGUGUAGCGGAGCAUAACGUAACAGAGCGUCACCUAAGCGUACCGAUUGACGAGGAGAUGCCAGAAAUCAGGAGAUUAUCUCGAAAUGGGUCCUCAUCAAGUGAAGGUGGAAAUGAGACAGAUGUGGAGUCGGGAAUGGACAUUGAGAUGUGUGAACGGGGCCGUCACCGCAGCCGCACAGCCUCGUCAUUAGUCCUCUUUCGGCCGGUCCCACCACGAUUACGUACACAUUCUGUCGGUCUCCAAAGGGACGACAUGCCCUCCGAACAA